UUAUCUUAUCCUAUCUCUAAUAUUAUCAAGAUAUUCUUAUGCUGGCUUUUCAAUUUUACCGAAUUUCACAUAACGAAAUUUUUCUCAACACCUAUUUCUCUCUCUCUCUUUCUCUCUCUCCCUCUCUCUUUCUCUCUUAUAUGUCAUUAAUAAUAAUGAAUUUGUGAAUUGUGCGAAUUUGCUUUGCGUUCUUCCUUAUCUUUGCCAAUGAACAAAUGUAAUUCGUUACUGCGCUCAAUUGCCAAUCGUUACGCGAGGAAACAGUAUCGAUCGAAUAGUACAAGUGAUUCGCACGCCAAACUUGAACCUAAAUUAAAACGGCGAAAAGUGACGUGGAAAGUUUCGUAACAUUUUGUCGAUUCCAAUAUCGAUAUGAUCCGUUGGGGAGGAAAAAUAGCCGUUGUUACCGGAGCAUCAGCUGGCAUUGGUUUGGCGAUAGCGGAAGCAUUUGUGCGCGGCGGGAUGAUAGUGGUCGGUCUUGCUAGGAGGAAAGCCGUGAUGGAAGCUAGAAUGAGUUUUACACAAGGAGAUGGAAAAUUUAUCCCAUGCGAAUGUGACGUGUCGAAGCACGAAAAUGUUCGAGAUGCAUUUCGUUGGAUUCAAAAUAACGUCGGUGUGGUUCAGAUUUUGGUGAACAACGCUGGCCUCUUUAUCCCAGGGAUAAUUGCCGACUCUUCGCGACAAGACUGGGAGAAAAUAUUUAACGUAAAUGUAAUGGGAUUACUCGAAUGUACAACCCAUGCCAUUAGAAUGAUGAAGGCCGCCGAUGUCGAGGGACACAUCAUCAAUAUCAACAGCAUUCAAGGACACCGACUGCGUAACGCACAUAGUCUGACCUUUAACGUGUAUCCGGCAUCUAAACACGCUGUCACAGCCAUUACCGCAUUACUCCAAGGCGAAUUGAUCGGUGGGAAAAUUCGUGUCACGAGUAUCAGUCCAGGAUACGUAGAAAAAACUGAAUUAUCGGAAGCAGCGAAGCUAGAUGUCGCCGGACUGAAAGUCCUUUCAACUUAUCCUGCAUUGGAGAGCAAAGAUAUCGCCGACGCGGUGGUCUACGUUGUCGAAACACCGCAACAUGUCCAGAUAACUGAAUUGACUAUUGCACCAUUCGGCGAGAUAAUGUAAGCUUCGAAGAAUAUACUGCAAGAUGAAUAUUUCGAUAUAUUAAAAUGUUACGUAGGCUGUAUAUUUUGUUUAACGCGCUACAAGAUGUUGCGUCUCCCUAGAUUAUCGCAACGAUCGGGAUUUACAUAUAUGGAAAUGUUAUUAUAUAAUACAACGUAG